AUGGCAGCCAAAGCUGAGCAAUGUCUCCUAUGGCUUCAAGCUUGCCAUGAGAAGCACGUCCACAACGAUCAACACUUCAAUCCUUGCCCGAAAGUUGCGAAACUAUUUGCUCAAGCAGCAGCAGAUAAGUUGACUGAUGAGCAGUUUGAGCAACUCGGCCGAUUCCUCAAAGACCCUCGUGCCGCAGAUGGUCUGCUGGUGCUCGGAUCUUGGUGGGAUCCGGAAAGCAAGACCAUUAAGUUGCUCGUGGAGAAGGGGAUGAAGGGAGAGUUCACUUUCGAGUUCGACUGGCACUGGAGAGCCGAGGAGACGUUCGGUGGCAACUGCCACACCAGCCAAUGGGAUAAGAAGCUCCGCAGCCUGCGCGACCAAUUGUCUGCCGAUUUGCUAGAGAUCUUGCCUCUACCAUUUGUCGUGACGGGUUCAGCAUGCACCCGAAAAAGCCUAAAGAAGACUCUACAUGCCAAAACUUCAUCUUUGAGAAUUGAUUUGGGAAUGCCGGAGGCUGCUCUGGACUUUGAUCUCGAUUUUCAAGAGGACGGUUUGCGCCGUAUCAUUGUCCAUGUCCCUCAUCCGACAGGGGGAUUCUACCGGUUUGACGACAAAAAAACCGGACAGGCCCUCCAGCUUGAUGGAGGAAUUGACUUCUUCCUCUGGCUGGCUGGAAGAGAAAAAGAUCCCGCAGUCGUUCUGGCUUCAGGAGAUUCAAUUGCCGCUGCCGCCUCCUUGUUGAUACGGCAGAAGAUAAGCAACUCUCAGCUGGAGGUACAGAGGAGAAAGCGCGAGGAAAGGGCCGCUAUGGACCUCGAGGAAACGGAUCUCGACUCAGCUGUUGGGUUCCAAACUUUCCACGGGGGUACUAUCACGGUGCGAAAGGUUGGCCGGAUUCUGGUCGAUGGGUCACCAUUGUCUUUUGCCAUUGAGCGAGACAAGGCGAGAAAGAUCUUGGAUCUUAGAGGGGUCCCAAGAAUUGGGUUUUUGCUUGACAACAUUGAGCUGAGUGUGGCCUGGCUUGCUCAAAUCACCUAUGAGCUAGAGAUACUAGGGGUCACGACCGAAUCAAGCCUGCCAUCAGCAAAUUCAGCAGGUCCCGUCAUCAACCAGCUUGUGCCAGCGCCGCGCACUGAUCCCGUCGUCAACCAGCUUGUGCCAGCGCCGCGCACUGGUCCCGUCAUCAACCAGCUUGUGCCAGCGCCGCGCACUGGUCCCGUCGGGGGUCGGUGGAUCAACGCAGAAGUCAGGAAAAGUCUUCUGGAAGGAGGCUUGUUUCACUGUGUCCAAUCGAAUACACAUCAUCUGCAUCAGAAGGUAUACGUCGGAGGUAUCAGCUUUCCUGUACCUAAGGAGGCCGAUGCUAAGACCAUCUUUAUCAAAUGCUUCCUUACCGACGAAGGUAAGGACGAGACCUGGACGGAAAACCAGCCUCGACGAUUUCUCGACAAGUGCCCGGCUAAGCAAAGAUAUCAACCGACCUAUACAAGCUAGUGGUUGAAAGAGCAAGAAUGAGGGUAUAUCCGUAGUGAUGGCCAUGAGCAGUGCGUUUGGUCUUGAACGUUCUAAGAUCCACCAUGCUAAAGCCUUCCCGCCACCCGCCCCCCGCUCCUCUAUAGGCCGCUGGAGCCGCAGGUAGCUCCUGCUGGUAAUUACCUAUGCGCUAUCAUGUACGCUACGAUUUUUGGAAGGGUUUUUGCUGCGAGUGCCUGCCGGGCUGCCGGGAAUUCUGACGGCACCACCACUCAACUUACACGCUAGGCAAUGGAAUUGAACGCUGCGCUGCCAAUGGAAUUGAAUGCUGCGCUGGUGGUUGAAUUGAACGUUGGGCGAUUGAAUUGAAGACUGAGUGGGCGGUUGAGUUAAACGCUGUGUCGGCAGCGCUAGGCUACCGGGCGCUACCAGCUAGACAAUUGAACUGAACGUCAGGCGAUUGAAUUAAAC